UUUAUUGGGUACGAAAGUUGAGCCAACUCCUGAUGUAGAGGAAAGGGAAAACUGAGUAUGGAAUUAAUUUGCUGUCAGAUAUUUAAUGCAUUGAAAAUGCUCCAUAGCAUUACAUCAUUAUCUUAGGUCAAAAAACGUCAUACAGAAAAUUUAAAACCCCCCAAAAUUUUUUUGGGGUAGGAGCAGACUACGAAUUGUACGGCAUUCAGUAUAUGCAACCAGUGAGCGUAUUCCGCAAUUCACAGCCCCAACACAUGAUGGCGGUAGUAUUCACCAAAAGUUGCUUUCCAACCACCGUCAACGCGAAGAAGAGCACGCACGGAAGCCGCCGCCGACGAAGAAGAAGAAGCGGUCUAAGUAGAGGGAAAAAACAACAACACGGGCUUCCAACCAGCUCAUCGUGAAAUAUGGACCAAUACAGCCAAAGUGACAUUUUGCAGCAAAUACUUAGUAUGAAUUUAGUGCCGAGAAAAAAUGGCACCCACCGAUACAACGACACUUCUCUUGCUGAUUUCUCAGAAAUGUGGUAUGGAGUUUUUCUAUGGGCAGCAGUCUCCUCUCUGAUCUUCCACCUACCUGCAUCUCUACUAUCGUUCGUUGCACUUCGGCAGCACAAAAUGGCCCGAUUGAUGCCCAUUGCCAUCCUCUUAAUGGGCAUCGUCGGACCCGUGGGUGGAGGAGUCCUCACCAGUGCAGCCAUAGCAGGAGUUUACAAGGCAGCGGGGAAGAGGAUGAUCUCUCUGGAGGCUUUAGUUUUUGGUGUGGGGCAGUCCUUCUUGAUCCUUGUUAUUUCCUUCCUGCGAGUGCUUGCCACCCUUUAGCAGCGCCGCCGCUCCCUGGCCGGGCCGGCCUCGUUACGAGUCGCAACUUGCAGUGGCUUGGACCAAUUGAGACGCGUAAGGCCU